ACGUUUUAGCCAAGUCGCCAACGGCAUGUGUGUGCGAAGCGAAGCCGCGGAUAGCGCGCGACAACGACGAAGAUUACGAUGAGCAACAAUAGUGGACCAAGUGCUUGCCGUCGAUCGGCUAGGAGCAAAAAUGUUUUCGAAUCCAUCGAGUCGUAUUGCUCCGGUCCGUGUGACACUAAGUAUGUCACGUCGUAUACGGGUCAGAGCCGAUACCCGGUGGAUCCCGACAGUCAGUCGCACAACAGCCCCGACAAAGUCCAGCGCAAAAAGCGAAGAAAAAGCAUGUGCGACUCGGGGCUCGAGAAGCGCAAUAAGGUAAUCAAGAGGCGCGCGACUGAUUUUAGCAAGCUAAGAAGAUUAUACGAAGAGCUAAUAAGAGUCAAGCUCAAGGAUAAUAGGAUACCCAUUGUCCUUAUCGAAAGACUCGAUGAUGAUCGUUAUUUCCAACCGAAGCUUGCAAACGAUAGAAAAAGAGAGGAGCGCAUUCAACUGCCUGGAUUAACCAUACCCGCCAAGGUUGACCCGAAGAUUUUAAAAUGCAACGUCGUCGUCAAGAUCAAUAAGAGGCAGACCGACAGCCUCAUCGAGGUAAGCAAGAAGCGCUUGUUGAGACUGUCCAGCACGAGCGACAUCGACGAGAGGCGAGAGAGAAAAAGUGCUGGUACGUUGCUCGAGAGUGACAUUAAAAAGUGUACCGAAAGACUAACUGAUAAGUUAGAGAGUAAUUCGUCGGACGAUAAUAAGUGUAAUAAAAAUCAACCUGUGAGUAAUAGCGGCAGAAGACACGCCCGGGCUUCGAUCGAUAAGAGUAAUAAUAAUAGGCUUCCUCAAAAAUUACGGGUGGCAAAUUCCAGAUUUUCACUAAAUUCAAUAGCAGAGAGCAGUACCAAUGAAAUUCAUCUCGAAAGUUCAAAAUAUUCCAAAAGUUUCAUACAUAAUAACCGAAGACUUAAACGCAAUUCACUUGAUCAAAUUAACGAAAGCAACUAUGCGAGUUUGUAUGAAAACAAAUCCAAAUGCAUCGAGAGUACAGUUGGUGAAACUAAUGAAAAGCAUUCAGAAAGUUUUGGUAAGAGUAUUAGGCGAUAUUCCAAAAAUUCCUCAAAAGACAUUCAAAAGUAUUCGCAAAAUGCGUCGAAUAAUACCGAAAAAAAUUACCUCGACUUUUCUGUUGAGAAAUUGCCAUUGCUUUCUUCCAAUAAUAGUGUUGAAAAUCAGACUGAAAGUACUUGUGAAACGAAUAAAAGAUUCCCUAAAAAUGCUGAGCAUAAUAAAAGACGUACAAGAAAUUCUACUAAUAAAAGCAAUGAAAGGUAUCCUGAUGAUUCGGUAGAUGUCUGUUGUUUGGAAACAUCUACAGAACAGCAUAAUAAAAGGUUUUUUGAAAAAUUUGAUAAAGAUAUUGAAAAUGGUUCUAAAAAUACCACUGAAAGUCAGAAGAUAUUUACGCGACAGAUGGCUAAUAGAAAUAAUAGCCUUAUUCAAAAUGCAGAACAAGUCAGUAUAAAUAGGAGUGAAAAUUCGAUUGAAGAAUGUAGUAAAAAGCUUUAUAAAAAUUCAGAUAAAAUUGAUCAGUGUUUAUAUAAUGAGACUGAGAAGGAUAGAGGAAUUACAAGAAAUCAUGACGAUAGAAAUGAUAAACAUAGUGAUAAUUUAAUAGAAGUACGUAUGAAUUUUAUAGGAAAUGUUGUUGAAGAGCAUAGUGAAAUUUUGGAAAACGUAGAUAAAAAUGUUGAAAUGUGUAUGAAAAAACAGACUGAAUCAAUUAAAAAAAACACAAGUAGUCGUAGUGAUAAAAAUGACAAGAACAUUCAAAAUGUACAGGAAAAUCAUCCGGUUCCGAUACAGAAUAUUAAUGAAAGUAGUGAAAUUAAAUCAGAAAAUGUAAAUAAAAAUAUUCAGAAGUGUUCAGAAAACUUAAACAGGAACAUAAAAAGUCUCGGUAAACAUUUAGACGAAUCUGUGCAUUUAUUUGAAAAUAAUAGCAAAAAUCAGUUUAAAAACUUUGAAAAUAAGGAAGAAAAUGAUUCUAAACAUUCUACACCAAAUUGUAUAGUAGAAGAAAGUGAUAAUUCUGAGAACAUUGAAGUUGAAAAUGCAUCUACUAACAAAAAUACAGAGUCUUUUGUUAAAAGUACAACUGAAAAUGUCACUGAAAAUUCAAAUGAAAUGUAUUCUAAAAAUUCAAAUAAUAAAUGUUUUAAGGUUCUGCCAAUUCCGAUUGAAUUUGACGAAAAAUGUCAAGGUAACGCAAGUGAGGCGUGUAACGAGAGUAAUGAGGUACCUUCUGGCAUUUCAACACCCAACAAUUUUAAUUCUAUUCAUUGUUUUAUCGAAGAACCAAGUAUGAAUGAUCCUAAUACAGAUAGAAACAAUAAAACAGUUAUUAAAAACAUAAUUGAAAAUAAUAAAAGGCCAAGGAAAAAAUUUGUCGGUAAAAGCAAUGAUAAUAAUACUCCCAUAAAUACAGAUGAUUCCAUUGAAAAACAUUAUGAAAGACUGAGCGAAAAUUUGAAUAAAAAUAUUAACGAGCGUUCCAAGACUCCUAUUGAGAUUAUUAAUAAAAGAACUACUAGGUUGUCUGAUAAAAGAAUAGAUGAUAAAAAAGUUUCGCAAAUGCAAACCAAGAAUAUUAAGAAAAUUAGGAGAAAAAUAAUUGAUAAAGGUGAGCCUUCGGAAAUUUUAGUAAACGAUAAGUUGACUAAAAAACAAAGUUGUAUGAAGAAUAAAAGUAAAUUUUCUGCAGAACCAUUAAUGAAUAUGAAUGACUGUUCUACAGUUGAAAAUGAUUAUAAUACGGCUACAAGAAACUUAUGUUGUAAACAAAAUAAAAAUCUCGAUGAAUCUGAAGAUAACAGUGCUCAUUCUAUACAAGAUUUUCCAGAAAAUGGGAAAGACAUCUCUGAUGAGACGGAUAAAAGUAUUAAAGAAUUUCUUAAACUAUCCACAGACAAGCUUAAUUCGUUAAGAACAAAUUUAUCCCUGGAUCAAAAUGGUGAACACAUUGAAAAUUCAUUGGAUAGUAAACAAAUUUCUAUAACAAAUUCUAUCGAUGAUAACGAGAAAGAGCUUCCUGAAGAAUCAGCUAAGAAUAUGAAAAACAAUUCUAAAAUUGAGAACGAGCCGAUGAUGGCUUCAAACGAAUCCAACAAUGAGCAUACAAAUCAUCAUGAAAAUUUCAUAGAAAACAAUUCUAAUUCUUGUAAUGAUCCAGUUGAAGAAAGUAUUAAAGAGCUUCCCAAAGAGUUGAGUGAAAAUUUAAAAAACUACUCUAGUCAAACUUCUGAUAAUGAAGAAUUUAACGAAUCACAUAAAAAUGUAAAAGAGUGUUCUAAAAGUCAAGCCGACAAUGCAACAGUUACAAAAAACUCGUCUUUUUGCGAAUAUGAAAGAAGUGCAGAAAAUUUGAUAAAACUCGCAAUGAAUUCGAAUCAAUGUGAUACGAAAAAGGAGGAGAAACACUGUAAAGAAUCCAAUAAACAUAUCAAAGAUUGUUUGGAAACUCAAUUUGUGCAUAAAAUGGCUACUUGGAAUUCUUCGAUUUCUAAAAACGAUAACGAGGCCAAUAAUAUUAUACAUAAUAAAUUAAAUUAUCUUCCAAAUGAUGUCAAUAAAAAUGAGGAAAAUUUUUCUGAAGGGUUGCAAGAAAAUAUCAUAAAAAGUAUGGAGAUUGUAAAAAAUGUAUCAUCUUGUAAACACGAUAAUCAUUAUAAUAAUAUAAUAAUUGAUAAAGCAGAUUGUAUACAAAAUGGCAUUUUCAAGAAUGACGAAAGUUUGUCGAAUGAUUUAUAUAAUAACAUUGGAGAGUAUUGUAAAAAUCAAAUCGAAGAUAAUAAGAAAGUUUCAAGAAAACUAUCAUCCGAUGGACAUAGUGAAAAUUUUAUAGAAAAAAAUUUAGAUUCGCGAAAUAUUAUUGACAAAAAGGAAGAAAGUUCUGGCGAUGAAUUACAAAAGGUAAUAAAGGAUUGCACGAAAAGCCAAAUUGAGAAUAAUAAAAGAGUUACAAGAAAAUCGUCGCCUGAUAAGCAUGAGAGGCAUAUCGAGGAUUCAGUUAGUGACAAUUCAAACGUUAACCAAAUUCAUAUAGAAAAUAAUAAAGAGACGAUUAAUGAUGAAGAACAUCAGAAAAAUUAUGAUGCUGCUUUAAAUACAAAUUGUAUCGAUUAUUUGCAUUCUGUUGAGAAAGCUAAUGAUACUGAUUCCGAACAACUUCAUUAUAAAGAGAAUUCCGAAGUUCCAAUAGAAAGCGAUGCAACAAUUAUAAAAAAUACAUCACUUAAAAAAGAAAUAGUUUCUACGAAUUUUAUUGAAAAUACCGUUGAUUGUACUCCAACGUCGUUAGAUGAAAAUAGAGAUGAUGAUUUAGAAGACGACAUUGAUAAUAGUAUAAGAGCAUUUUCUCAAAACAUGUCAGACUUUAAGAACAUUCUACAAAUCACGAAGGAUAAAAUUAACGAAGUUUGCGUGGAAAAUAACCUCACUAACAACAGUUCCUUAUUAACACAACAUUUAAUUGGCGAAAUCAGUGAAAAACCAUCCGAAUGUUCUGACCAAAACUCAUCACAUUUAUUGGAAUCCAGUGAAGAAAAAUGUGAAAAAUAUGAAAAGAAUGUUAUUGAUUUAGAAGAGGAUAAGGAAAAAUAUUUAACAAAUUUUACGGACAAUAACAAACAGAUAAGUGAAAAAUCACCUCAAAAAUUUUUCGAGCAUAUAACCAACGAUGAUUCACAAUAUAUUGCAAAUGUUCUUCCAAUAUUCAGCGAAAAUAAAGAGGAAUCUGCAAGUUUGGAUAGAAAUCAUAAAAUAGAUUCACAAACGAUGCCGAGCGAAUCUGAAAUAAAUGAAGGCUUAAUUGAAGAUAAAAUUAUUCCUAAUCGGACGGAUAAUUUCAUGGACAGCAGCAGUACCUCAUGCAUGCAAAUUACGAUUAAUGUAAAUAGUGAUAAUGAGCCGAGUAACGAUAUAGUUCUAGGCUCGGAAAAUUUAAUUGAGAUUAUCGCAGAAAAUGGUCCAAAUUCUAUUGCUGAAAAGUGCGAAAACUAUUCGGGACAAUGUACCGAGGCGAACGAUAAUAAAACAAUAUUAACUAUUGAAAAUACCAAAAGUAUUCCUAAUAAUGUGCAAGUAACCGUUGAAAAAGAUUUUGAAGAUGCUACACAACAGGUAUCGUUUACAAAUAAUGAAAAUGAAUUUGAAGAUUAUUUUGAAAACUUUAUCGAAUCUGCGGAUAAUACAGCUCCGGAAAUUAAAAUUGUCGAUGAUACCAAAGCUCACGAAGAUUUAAUCGAAGAUAUUGCUGAAAUCCGUGCCGAAGAUCUGGAUGAAUGUAUAAGAAACUCUUCCAAAAUAUUAAUCGACGAUGACGACCGAUCGACAAUGACGACCUUCCAUUCAAAUGAGAAGAUUACGGAGAUUUCUGUUGAACAUUUAGAUAGUAAAGGCAAGGAAAAUAAUUCUCAUAUUCCAAGGGAUAAUGUAUAUAAUAAUGUAAUUAGUUUAUCGAAAAGUGUCGAGGAUUGCUGUAAGAAUUCAGUCGACGUGACACCUAAUAAUAAACCUUUUUUUGAUAAUACUCCGGUUGGCGAUUCGCAAGGCGAUGGGAAAACAAGCAAACCCAAUCCAAUAAGUAUUAUAGAUAAGAGUUCUUUUAGUCGGUUGGCUCGAAAUUCAUUUUACAAUCCUGAAAAGACAAUAAACGGAAUCAUCGAGAGAGCGAUUAUUAAGGAUUCUGUUAUUAAUCACGAGGCUCGUUUUAUGCUUUCGUUCGCUGAUAAGCCAGAGCAUCCGAUUACAAAUGAUGAAAUGUUCAUCGUGGAGAGGCGAAAAGUCACGCUAAUGGAAUUGAAGAAAAAAUGCACGGGCAACCUGGAUAAGCGACAAUCUAAGAGCAACGAAUUGUCAAAGCAGAAGGCCCGUGUGACCCGUUUGCUGAACAUCAGAUCCGGUUUAUUGAACAGCUCCCUCGACUCUAUGGCGGAUAAUGCAUCGGAAAACGAUGAGAACUAUCGUGAAAGCUUGUCGGAGGAUAUCGAUAGCGAUGAAAACUUAACCGACGAGCUCAAGCGCCUUAUUCGCCAGCGCAUCGAGUCGAAAUACAAUAAGAAAGAUCAGCAGCAGGUGGAGACGGUCGUGCUCAACUAUCCUACAAACGCCAAUUUAAAUUGCAAGGAUUGUGGCGAUGACUUUGCUAGUAAUCGCGAACUAAAAAGGCACAUGAAGAUCAAGCAUCGGGAGCGGCUCGUUAUAAAGAUUACCAAGACCAAUGAGAACAAGCACGUAACGCACAUAAUCGAGCCGGUGCCAAAGUCAAAAGAGGAAGAGCAGCCCCACGAGACGAUAAUUAGCGAGAAGGCGAUAAUAGAGGGCGAGACUAUUGGGUUGAUAGAUAAGGAAAAAAGGCCGGAGGACGAGAGCGAGAAACAGGAUGAGAGUGAAUUAACCAAGGGCGAGAUUAAGAUAAUCGUGAAGAAGGACAGCGGCUCCAAGAACAGCCACGUCGUCAAGGAGAUCAAAAUAACCCCCAAAUCAGCUGAAUGCGGGAGUGGCGUUGGUAGCAAUAUAAUGCCGCCAGGCUGCUCGGCAAUUACCUCGGAAACUGUACAACCUGUUAAGCGACGACGGGGGAGGCCAAGAAAGUAUCCGAUAUACACUGGCAACGAGCUCGUCCCAAAACAGAUUACCCCGGUCCUUGAUUUCAAGAACGAGACCAACGCGCCCACUCCAAAGAUAAUCACCGACGAGCUAAUCUUCGAUCCCGUCGAGUCAAUCGUGCUGCAGCCAGACAUAGUGUUCGACAAUUACGAAAACGUCACCAUCGAGAGCACAUCCAACGCUAAAGCAAAGUGGAUCGCAUCUCCCAGCUCCAGGUUAGCCAAGAUGUGUAAGCUACGAAGGAAGCGAAGGCGCACGCUGUCACCCCAGAGCCAGACCGAGGUCUUCGUACCCGCGCGAAAGAGGGGUAGGCCAGCCAAGUACUCUUACCUGAGGGACGACGAUGAGACGGCCAGUGAGCCGGACUUUUGUACGAAAUAUAGAAUAACGAAAGAGCUGGUGGUUCGAUUGACGAAACUGGACGCGCAUAAUCGUCUUCGUAAAGGUUUUAAUGCCAAGAUUAACCGUAUCGGCCAUAUUGACGACGAUAUCGACGACGAGUCCGCAAUAUUAGCCGAGGGUAGCCGUAGGGGUAUCGUGAAGCCGGGAAGGAUCGUUUUCGGAGCUCUGGAUGACGGCCACAGGGAGUCGAUAAAGACCGUGGCAAGAGCGAGCCUCGAGAGCAACAAUAACAACGUUAACGAGAUUCAAAAGUGUCUGUCCGUAUCGAGUAUACCGAGAAGGAUGAUGGUCCAGAGGGAGGAGCGAGGGUGGGGAACGAGCGAGACUAGGGCCGAGGUCGGCUCGACGGACGUCGGUCAGGAAGUCGUCCACAAGUCGGCAAAGCCGCGAAUGGAGACGAACGCCGCCGAGGCUACGACGAGAACGCAAUUGGUGGUGACGCCGAAACGCCAGACGAUAGAUAAGACGGAGGCCGAUGAGAGUCAGAAGGCUAAGCUCCUCAUGCUUAUGAACGCGACGACGCCGUACGAGCCCGCUGGCGUCAAAACCACCACUACCGAAUCCAUCCAGACGCUCCAGCCUCAGACGACGACGAUGCAGCUGCAGCCUCAGCAGUUCUGCAUCCUCUUUAUACCGGACACGAUCUACACGUCGGAAUCAGCCAACAAGGAAUUCACACCCACGGCGACGAUCGUCAACUUCCAGCCGGUUCCCGACGCCGAGAUGGCCAAUCGCUCCCUCAUCUACACGCCCACUACGCCAACCAAAAUAUCUAUUGACGAGCACGCGAAAUCGUACGUCUGUAGCACGUGUACCCAGGUGCUUGACAUGAUUGGCAGACUCGAGGCAAGUCUCGGUAUGACCGAGGAGGACAAAAGCGCCAUCAAGUGCCCCUACUGUUCCAAUCAUUUCCAGUCGCUGUUUUAUCUCGAGUAUCACGUUAUGCAGGAGCACCUCAAGUGCGAGAACGAGAAGCAGUGCAGGCACUCGCGCUUCAACAGCUUACGAAUACCGAGCCACGAGGCCGCCUCCGAGUUCGAGAUCUACAUUACGUUCGCCCUCAAAUGCCGUAGCUGCUACGACAUCUUCGGCACGGUCCUCCAAUUGAACGAUCACGUUAUGCACAAGCACAAGACCCUCGUGCGACUACGCCCGUCGAUGGGGCCGGCGGCUGUCGAGGCCGUCUGCUCCGCGUACCCGGCGUUCGCUCGUAAAAACGGUAUAAGGAAUCCGGGCCCGGUGUUCCAGUGCCCGAGCGACUGCGUCUGUCGCAUUGGCAUACGCAGUACCGACACGCCGCUCCAACGCCAGCAGAUGCUCAAGCGCUGUCCUCACGUAAUGAGGCGUCUCGAGAAAAUCGAGUCCGCCGCUUACGAGGUGUACACGUGCACCCUCUGCAAGAGCACAUUCCUCAUGAAAGACGAGGUGGUCGAUCAUCUCAUGAAGAUGCACGAGGUCUCGUGCAAGUUUCCCUGCUAUACCUGCCUCACCAGCUUCCGCAGUCUCCAGAUGCAGGAGAAUCACCGCUGCUCCGAGACGACCUUGCAUGACAUCGACAAAAUACUCAGCAUCGCCAUACUUCCAACCAACGUAGGCGGCAAGGACAGUAACAAGUACCUCGAGCGCGAGGACUCGUCCACGGAUGAGUACGGCACGAUCAAGGCAACCGGCGCCAAGGGCAGCCUUCCCGCACCUCCGCCGCCCCAUAAAAACGGCUUCAAGCGCAAAAGCGAGACGUCCACGACAGCGGCCAUGAACCGAGCACAGGGCGCGUGCUUGCCCAAGAGAGCGAAGCCUGUCAACGGAUUCAUGAAGAAGCGUAGGAGGCACUGUCCUAAGUGCAAGAAGCGCUUUGCGUAUUACAAGAGCCUCCAGGAUCACAUUAUUUACGAGCACAUACUCAAAGGCGACGGGCACGAAGGACCAAAGAAGAUGGCCAUUGAGCUACUUAAGCUUGUGAAGGAGGGCAAGGGUAACGGUGAGAGGGCCCACGAACUCGCGAAAAUGCUCAUUGGUCACACCGACCCCGACGGCGUACCGCUCAAGGAUCUCACGAUGAUGGACGAGCAGGAAAAUUGGGAGGAGGUGAAGAGUACGCCUAGUAAGGAGCCGGUGAACGACAACGAUCUGGUCAAGUGCAUCAGGUGUAAAAUGCGUUUCAAGAUGCCAGUUAAUUCAGAAAACCAAGCGAGGUUCAACAGGCAGCAUCACUUAACGAAGACGGAGUUGAAAAAAAUGGCACUUUGCGAAAGCUGUGAGAACGGCGGCCCAAAAACACGACGGCGCAUCGUCAUCAGCGAGAGCCACAAUUCGACUUGUCUCGCCGCUCCCGAGCCUCGACAACUCAAAAUUAUCCAUCCGUUCGUUUGUAAAAAAUGUACCGAUACCUUCCCCACCCACAUUGAGCUCAGAUCUCACAAGCUCGCCGUGCACGCCAAAGCCGUCCCCGACACCUGCGACAUCUGCACGAAAACCUUUACCUCGGCGCGCAUGCUCCAGAAGCACAAGAAGACCCACCGCGACAGCUUCCUCGACGUGCCGAGAAAGCCCGAGGAUGAGGAGGAGGAGGAGGACGAGGAAGAGACAACGACCAAUCCCGACUCUUCCCACGACUGCUCCAAGGACGCGGAUGCCAAUCGUUCACUCGACGGCAAGACCAACUCCUCGACGCGCAGAGACUCCUCCGACAGUAGCAGCGCCGGCUCUAAGGAGCCCGAGGAGCAAUUCCUCAACUGCACCUUUUGCGAGGAGGUCUGCUCGUCCAAGGUCAGCCUGAAGAAUCAUCUGAAGCGCGCGCACGGUCGGCGCGCCUCUAUCUGCCAAUUCUGCAACGGAUUGCUCAUCGACACGAGCGAGGUGCGGCACAUGCUCGAUUACCAUAUCGUGCCAAGCAAGUCGAAUCCGCGUCACGAAUGCGAGCGGAAGGUUGGCUUGGGCGGGCCGUGGUCGCGCGACGAGGCUGGACGCAUGCGCGACGACGUCGAGGAGCUCGUGCGCACCCUAGGCAAGCACAGGCUCCAGUCGCUCAUGAUGUACCACGACUUUGAGGGCAAGUGCAACAACGCCAUAAUGCGGUGCCCGAUAUGCCCGGAGCUCUUCGCGACCCGCGAGUCCUGUCGCUUUCACUACGUGUGGAUCCACGACGACAAUUGUCUCCUCUGCGACGAGACGUUCAGGUCGGGCAGCAGUGCCUGCCAACACAAGGUUGACGCGCACACGUCGACGGCUAGUUACCUCUGGUGCAUACAGCGCCUCGUCACCGCUAUCGUUGGCACACUGAGGCUUGACGCCAAUCAGCCAUCCCACGUCCUCUACCAAAUCCUCGUCAGAAGGCUCGAAGACGCCCUGGAGCAAGAGCGGAUCGCGUACGAGCGCGAGUUAGCUCAGGUACGUGGGCAAAGCGAGGCAGGCGCGAGCGAGGAGACACCGAGCGUCGGCGAGCGCUUCCUCGAAGAGGUUGUCCUUAGCGAGGAUCAAUUGCCGGACUCUAGUAAUAUCAUCGAGGUCGUGAUCGGCAAGGAGGACUCGGAGGACGAUCUCCUAUCGAUGCUGAACCUCUCGCCGAAUUACGAGAGCUGCGAGCAGCAUCGGCUGCCGAACGCCGGUGCCGCUCCACCCGAGGAAGAGGACGACGAGGAGACGACGUCUGCGGCGAAUCUGGUGAAUGCAAUGAAUGCGGUGCCGUCGACACCGCCAGUGAUGUGCGCAACGACAGCGAUGGCAGUGACGACGACGGCUGUUGCUACGACAGCGACGACGACGACGACGAUCCCCGUCGUCGAGAGCUACGUUGCCUCGGGCGUUUGUAAAUAUAGGCUGGAGAACGACGAGGAGCAGCUCGUGCUCGUCGUCACCGACGACGAUCUCGUCACUUUCAAGGACGACAUCGGCAGUCUUGCCGAGAGGAUCAGCACCACCUGCGACUCGCUCACCCUCGAGGAGAUCACCGAUAUGCUUAAGGCCUACUUCGAGAAUGUUAGCCUGGGCGGAAGCGCUGGUGGGGCUUCAUAAGUCGAUGUU